AGUGUCUACACAUAAUAGUAAUUAGGCCUCUAUCCACGUGGCCUGCCAAAUACAUGACUGUAAAAGAGAACAAUUUACCUAUAACCCAAGAGAUGUCCUCUGUGUUGCAAAGCCCUGUACUAUCAUCCCUCCCACCUUGCCUGUUUAGUUGCCGUAUUGUGAAGAUUGAUUUCUACCUGACAGCACCAAUCAAAGAUUUCGACAUAUGCUACUGUCAAUUUCGAUCAAAUGCCGUUGAGAAAGUUCCGGUAAUCCGCAUAUUUGGUGCCACAUCCAGUGGUCAGAAGACUUGUCUCCAUAUACAUGGUGCAUUCCCGUACAUAUACGUACCCUGUGGCACUGCUAAUCCAAGUGACGGCUACCUUCGUCAGCUGUGUGGGAGCAUUGAUCAUGCUCUGCAGAUGUCUCUUGGAGCAGGUUCCAAACCUGUGCAACAUGUGUUCAAGGCAGUGGUUGUAAAGGGAAUACCUUUUUACGGCUACCACAAGACAGAAGAGGUCUUCAUCAAGCUGUACCUAUACAGCCCCAUGCUCAUCAAGAGGCUGUCCAACCUGUUGCUGGCUGGGGCGGUGAUGAACACGUCUUUUCAGCCACACGAAGCACACAUUCCCUUCCCUCUACAGUUUUUGAUGGACCAUAACCUCUAUGGAAUGAACUACAUCCAUCUAGCAGCUGUCAAAUUCAGGAUUGUUGGCGAAGAGUCCACCACUCCUCAUCCUUCACAGACUCACUUCUCUCCUCUGUCACCUCAGUCUCCAUCCCCACACCUUUCACUGCUCUACAAUCCUAACCAAACCUACUGGGACACAGAAAACCUCUCCAGUGAUAUGAGUGUCACCACGCCAAGACAAAGUGUUUGUGAGCUGGAAGUGGAUGCUCUAGCUGCUGACAUAUUGAAUAGACAUGAGUUAUCAUUGGUAUCUGGUGGGUACCCCGGUCUUAAGGCCAUCUGGGAGGAGGAGAGACAGAGGAGAGCAGCACUUGGCAUUGAUGUCCCUCUCUCACCGCCACCAUCACCAGAAAGAAAAGGACAGACAAUCCAUCAAGCCGAGGCAAAGUUGAAACUUCGUUUUGAGCAGGUUCUUCAUGAAAGGCUAGGAGAAAGUGUCUCCCCUGCUAUAGACGAUGGUAUUCUUCCCACUGACAAGAGCAAUGUAAUCAACUGUAGUCAAUCAUGUGACCCGGAUCUACAUAUUCCCAACCAAUCGCGGGGUGGUGACUCAUUGGACAAAGCAGCUACAAUGCAAGAUGAAGAUGUGAUAGUGAAUACUACUGCUAUUGAGCAAAGCAUGGAAUUAACUCAAAAGUUAACAACCAAUUCUAUUUGUAAGUCUACAGAAGUUGACCUGCUCAACCUAAUGCUGGAGCUUUGUGAAACAUCCGUGAACCCCACCCAACCCCAACCCCAACCCCUGCCUUGUCCCCUCUCUCAGAGUGUUGGACAGGCCCUUGUUAGGAAAUUGGGCAGAGCUCAUUCAGUUGUAUCUCAGCGCUCACUCUUCAGUAACUCUUCCAGUCCACCUUCACCAAUACCCGACAAAGUGACAGUGGAAAUGGCCCCCAAUUCUGCAGUCACUAAGCAUCCUAAUAAUACUGCCUUGGCUAACAGUGGUAAAACAUCACUUAAAGGGAGUGCGAUUACGCCUGUAUUAAGUGCCAUAAUUCCCAGUGUUGCCUUGAUGUUAGACUCAUCUCUGGACACAAGUUUUGAUGAAAUUGUUAAUAGACCAACUGUUGCCGGUCGUAUUAAACAUAUUUUUGUAGACGAGGAAGAACCUAGUACACCGGAUCGUAGUAGCCCUGUUGUGUCAUCAGCACCAACCGGAAUAAGGGAGCCAGUCAUUGAAAUAGAUCCUGUUCCUGAACUGGAUAUUGUGCUUCCCGAUGAUAGUCUUCCUCCCCCCUUUUUGCUCUCUCCAGAAAGUAGGGAAAUUCAAGAUCUUCUUUCGGGAUCCAGUAAAGCUGAAGGAAACAGUAUCCAUUUUGAGCCGGAUGGUGAUGAUAUCCCAUGCAAACAAAUAGUAGAAGAAUUACAAAACGAAGCCGCUUCGAGUCAAAAUAACGAUAGACUUUCUCAAGAUCCAAAUUGGAAUCCAAAUGAAAAUGAUACACCUUGCUUCCAGACUUCUGGGUCUGAUUCUCAGACUAGUAUGAAAUCAAUUCUUUUGGAAUAUGAUAUGCCCGAAAUUGAUUUUCAAGCUUCUGAGGAUUCGAUGCUAUAUAACCUAGAUGUAAACUCCCAAGGCAAUCAGUUUUCGUCUCAAGCAUGCAGUCAGGUCUCAACUACUGCAGUUCGCAAGCAACUGUUGAAACUAUGUUCCCAAUCCGAUGUUUCUCCUUUUAGCCUCGUAGAUGCUCACCUUGUGGACAGUGAUGAAAUUACCGAAGAUAGUGAAGCUGAAGAAAGUCUUUUAAUGUCACAGCAAGUUUGGGACGUUAAUGAACAUGAAAAAGAUUGUUUCUUUCCAGAUCCUGAAGAUUUUCGUACUCAUAAAAAGGAAGUAGGUAAACCUGAUAAGGACUUACAUGUAGAUAAAUCUGCACUGGGCCUUAUACCACAGCUAGAUGGUGGAACUGAAACACCUAAAACAGUCAACAAGACCACCAGACGUACAAAGACUCUUGGCGUCAGAAGAAGAAUCAAGAGAAACUCAGGUGUUGAAAAUAGUACCUCAGAGUGUACAUCAACUACUAACUCCUCUGAAUGUAAUGUUGAUCCAGUGAAAAAAACUGAAAAACCUAGAUUAUCAUUGAGAUUAAGACGUAACCCUCCAAAUACAGGCUUGAAUACAAUUACACCCACUACCCAACAAUUAAUGGAACUAGCUAGAGCGAACUGUUUCAGUGUGAAUGUCAAGAAAAUGUCAGUACCCAUUUUAUUGCCUGCUUCUCAACGUUCUAGCGUUUCUAGUAAACGAACCUUGGUGUUAAAAAGAGGAAGAAAAAGAAAACUUAGUGAUGAUCAAGAAGUAACAAAUCCAUUCUGCAAAGAAAAAUCUGGAAAGCUUGCCCAUGAACGGAAAAAAAGAUAUAGUACCCGCUGUGGUGUGAAAGGAAUGCUAACUUAUAGUCAACAAUUGAAAAUGGCACUCGAGCUUUCUUUACAGGAAGUUAGUCCUUCAUCUACCGAUGCCACACCAAAAUCCGAGCGAAGAUCGCAGGGACCUCAGUCAGAGAGUUCUAGUGUGGAGGACUUGAAUAGAACAAUUAUCGAAGAGUCGCCGUUCGAGGAUGCACGCUUGUCUGACAAUGUACAUACUAAAGAACAGUCUCAAAAUAUCACAAAUGCUGACCUGGUGACGACCAAAGCGGAUGACGGCUCAGAAAAAAGCAGUGAGGGAUUAGACACCAGUUUUUGCAGCAUUCCCGAAUCACCUCCGUUUACUAGCUCUCCUGUUCAGAGAGAGUUCACGCUGGAGUUGAAAUCUGAUGUAAGCACUCACAACAGUUUAUUAGGGUCCCCUAUUUUCCGUAGAUUUGUCGACGAUCAAGUAAAAAAGAAACCACCACCAUCUAUUAUGUCUGCACAUGCUACGAGCAAAGAUAUCUACUUGCCUGAAAUAAUGCCACGGACUCAUCUACAUUCUCCAGAUAAAGAAACAGAUUCUAAUAGCAGUGAGGAAUUGGAUAACGUAUCAUGUGAUGAGUUCCAUGUAUCAUGUGAUGAGCUCCACUUGGCGGUUACCAGUGAAAGUGAGGGGGAACUUCCUGGUUUAGAGCAGAUAAAUAGGAGUGAUAGUUUAGAGGCCUCAAUGAGAGAACAACACCUCAACUCACACGUAACUUUGAAAAGGGACAACAACAUUAGGUUGAGAGCAGUAGAUCAUAUCUCUUCGUCCCUCCUUGAUGGUCCAAAUUGGUGUGAUGGAUAUGCAACUCAAAAACUGUCAAAAGAUACAGUGAUUGUAACCCCCCCAGAAAUAAUUCCACCCACCACUGAGUCUUUGAUGGACAGUAUCUCCAAGUGUGACCUACCAUCUCAUAGCAGUGAAGAAGUGGAUAACGUAUCAUGUGAUGACUUCCACCUGGCGGUUACCAGUGAAAGUGAGGAGGAGCUUCCUGAGCAGAUGAAUAAGAGUGAUAGUUUAGAGGCCUCAAUGAGAGAACAACACAUCAGUUCACACAUAACUUUGAAAAGGGACAACAACAUUAGGUUGAGAGCAGUAGAUUAUAUCUCCUCAUCCCUCCUCGAAGGCUCAAAUUGGCCUAGUAUGCAGCGGGUAGUAUCGUGUACAUCAAUUUGGAACUCGAAUAUGAAAAUACAAAGUGAUGGGUAUGCAACUCAAAAACAUUCGAAAGAUACGGUUAUUGUAACCCCAGAAACAAAUCCACCCACCACUGGUUCUUUGAUGGCCAGUCUCUCCAAGUAUGACCUACCAUCUGGUAGGCACCAGCAGCCAUUUUGCAGAGACCCUGAAGAUGUUCAGCCCCCAAAGGAAAUUGGUGGUAGAAUUCUUAAGGUCCCCUCAAGAAUGGCGUACGAUCUGGAGGAGUUUCAGCCUACUUGUUCUAGAAACCACACAUCAGAAAUUGCCGACUUGUCUGUGAAUGGACUCCAACGAAUACAAGCGCUUCUGAACAUGUUUAGGAGCUGCUCCACUAGGCCUAAACAGCCACCCCCUCUGUGUCACCCACCUGAUAAAGGAAUUGGCAGACUAUCGUUUUACGAUGUUAAUGAUCACAAGCAGGAUGUUGUAACGAGGUCUAAUUUUCUGCCUAUUAAGAGGAUAAUUCUCACUCCGGUGAAACAACCUCCCUCACCUGCAAAAAUCAAAAGUACACUCAAAAAUUCCUCGAAAAGUGAUGUUAGUAUUCUCCUUAAUAACAAGACUAACUUGGAGGAAGUUCAUCUUGAAGGCAAAUCUACCUCAAAUUCUGUGAUAAACAUGUCCACUCCCCAGAAGCCUCUUAUCGUGAAGCCUGAUUCACAUGAUGUUGAAACUGAACUUUGUAAGCCCCAGUGUAUCCUAACUAGCACACCUAUAGUGAAAGAAAAAAAUGCGUCAGUGAAGGGGGAAGUUGAGGAAAAGAUAGCAAGUAUCCCUUCUCACAAUGAACACACAAGUAACAGGAGGCCUCAACUGCUUCCCUUCACUCCAAUCUCUCUGUCCGGUAAACGUGACUCCUCUCAACUUGACGGCCCUACCCCUAACAACACGUACGGUUUCAAAGUUAGCCAAUCAGCGCUUCCAUCAAGAAGUGACAGCCACCAGGUACAGAACCUGACAUGCAUGAGCUUGGAGAUCCACGUGAGAACUCGAGGUACUCUGAGACCCGAUCCGGACAUGGACCCAAUUCUCGCUCUCUUCUACUUCAUUCACAAUGACUGGCCCUCACAAGACCAGAUCCAUGUACAGGGAACCAACACUCGCCUGGGAGUCAUAGCUGUUGAUGGAACAUUUGAACCACAGGGCCCUCUAAAAGAAACAACUGAUGCUAAUCCAGCUGGUGCUAAGGUUAAAUAUUUAGAUGGUUGUGGGGUAUCACCUGACGUGACGGUUUCUUAUGUGGCGUCUGAAAUUGAGUUGCUGGACAAAUUGGUUUUCCUCGUUAGGGAAACAGAUCCUGACAUCAUUAUGGGGUAUGAGGUGACCAUGUUGUCAUGGGGAUACUGCAUUGAUAGGGCUGCCCAUCUGAACAUCAAUCUCACCAGUAAACUCUCCAGAAUACCGAUCUCUUCUAGGGUAAAACAGCAACAGGGCGCGUUAGAGACCGCUCCUUGGUUGGGAAAUGCCUCCAAUGUCCAACUGGUGGGUAGGAUCUCAAUUAAUGUGUGGAGACUUAUGCGACAUGAGGUUGCUCUGAAGGUGUACUCAUUUGAGAAUGUGGCAUACCACGUCCUGCAUCAAAGAUCACCAUUGUUCUCAUUCAAGACCCUAACCUUCUGGUACAGCCACCACACUCGACUCUAUAGGCAUAGGGUGCUGGAGUAUUAUAUAAAGCGUUGUCAAGGAAACUAUCAACUACUGGAUAGUUUUAAUCUGAUUGGACGAACUAGUGAAUUUGCUCGGCUAUAUGGAAUAGAGUUUGAGAAUGUGUUGGACCGAGGGUCCCAGUAUAGAGUGGAGUCCAUGAUGCUGCGUCUGGCGAAACCUGCUAAUUUCAUUGCUGUCUCCCCGUGUGUUCAGCAGAGAGCCAAAAUGGCUGCCCCAGAGUGCCUCCCUCUGAUUCUGGAACCAGAAUCAAAGUUUUAUGCUGACCCUGUUCUGGUCCUAGAUUUUCAGUCACUCUACCCGUCAAUGGUCAUAGCAUACAACUACUGUUACUCUACGUGUCUGGGUAGAGUCCAAAACAUAGCACAAUUUGGAGAUUUUACCUUUGGAGCUACUUCUUUGAAUAUACCCAACCAUGAGCUCAAGAAACUGAAAGACAGUGUUCACAUAUCCCCUAACGGUGUUGCGUUUGUCAAGAGUAACGUUCGCCAUGGCAUCAUGCCUAGGAUGCUGAAAGAUAUUCUGGGCACAAGAAUUAUGGUGAAAAGCUCAAUGAAGCAACACAGAACAAACAGGGCUCUCAAUAGAAUGCUUGAUGCGAGGCAGAUGGGUCUCAAACUGAUUACCAAUGUGACAUACGGCUACACAGCUGCCAAUUUUUCUGGACGAAUGCCGUGUGUGGAGAUAGCAGACAGUAUCGUAAGGAAGGGUAGGGAGACUCUAGAGAGAGCCAUAAAACUGGUCCACGCCACACCACAAUGGGGGGGAAGAGUGGUGUACGGGGACACUGACAGCUUGUUCAUCCUGCUCAAGGGAGCGAGCAAAGAGGAAGCAUUUCGUAUAGGCAGGGAGAUCACUGAUAGAGUAACCGCUGAUAACCCACCACCUGUGAAGCUCAAGUUUGAAAAGGUGUACAUACCAUGUAUCCUACAAACCAAGAAGAGAUAUGUUGGCUACAUGUACGAGAGUUUAGACCAAUCAGAACCAGUUUUUGACGCCAAGGGGAUUGAGACUGUGAGGAGAGAUGGUUGUCCAGCAGUUGCCAAGGUACUGGAAAAGAGCCUGCAUCUUUUGUUCACUACUCGCAAUGUGUCUCUUGUGAAGAAUUACGUACAACGACAGUGUGGGAAGGUGUUGGAUGGACGUGGUAAUCUCCAGGAGUACAUGUUUGCCAAGGAGUACAGGGGCAAGGAGUAUUACCGACCUGGAGCAUGUGUUCCUGCGCUGGAGCUCACCAAGCAAGGGUUGCUAGUUGACAAGAGAUCUGAACCCCGGCAGUCAGAGAGAGUGCCGUAUGUGAUUGUGUACGGGUCCCCUGGUCAGCCCCUCAUUCAGCUAGUGCGUAAACCAGAAGAGCUCCUUGCUAACCCAGGUCUGAGGCUAAACAGUGUGUACUACAUAACCAAACAAAUACUGCCAGCAAUGGACAGAACUUUCUCUCUCCUUGGAGUCAAUGUGAGGCAGUGGUAUGACGAUAUGCCCCGAGUAAUCAGAGCUCCUACCACAUACAGUUCAAAUAGAGCACAAGGCACUCUGGGUCAGUAUUUUGCCACAAUGCAUUGUCCAGUGUGUCACCAGCUGACAGUUGAAGGAGUAGUGUGUGCUCAAUGCAGAACAGACUCCCAAAAGGUUGCCAUUGUCGUGGGUGUUAGGGUACUUGGUGCUGAAAAGAUACACUGUGACCUGUUAAAUGUAGCUAUGCCAGAGUUGUGUUGGAAGUCAAGACAGUGAUUACUAUACCAAGUGUACGUCAUUUGACUGUCCAAUACUUUACAGACGAACUAGAGCCCAACAAGAGCUGCCUUCUUCUGAAACAUUUACAGACUCCAUGGUUUUAUAAACAAGCUUUCUUUUUUUUUGUUUUCAUCACCACCCAACCAAAAUCACAUUGUCAUUAGCUACUUUUCAUUAAUUAUGUAAAAAGUUACGUGCAUGUAUUAUUGUUGUAUAUACACAUGUCAUAGUACAGUCAUAAUUGUAAUAA